CACCCAGUGCUGGUUUGCCCUGGGGUGUCACCAGCAGGUGGCCCUGCCAGCACUGUCCCCCACCAUGCAGAUGGGCACCAUUGCACGCUGGGAGAAGAAGGAAGGUGACAAGAUCAGCGAGGGAGAGCUGAUAGCAGAGGUGGAGACAGACAAAGCGACUGUUGGCUUUGAGAGCAUGGAGGAGUGUUACUUGGCCAAGAUCCUGGUGCCAGAAGGGACAAGGGAUGUUCCUAUUGGGGCCAUAAUAUGUAUCACAGUAGAAAAGCCUGAAUAUGUUGAUGCCUUUAAAAACUACACUCUGGAUACUGCAGCAGCUGCUCCCUCCACAGCCUCAGUGCCUCCUCCUCCUCCAGCUGCAGCUCCCUCCCCACCACCUCAGCCUUCUCCUCAGGCUCCUGGCAGCUCUUACCCUCCUCACAUGCAGGUCACUCUCCCUGCUCUGUCACCCACCAUGACAAUGGGCACAGUGCAGAGGUGGGAGAAGAAGGUUGGGGAGAAGCUGAAUGAGGGAGAUUUACUGGCAGAAAUCGAGACAGAUAAAGCUACAAUAGGCUUUGAAGUGCAGGAGGAAGGCUACUUGGCAAAAAUCCUGGUGCCUGAAGGGACAAGAGAUGUGCCAUUGGGAACUGCUCUCUGCAUCAUCGUGGAGAAGGAGGCUGAUAUUCCAGCCUUUGCUGACUACCAGGCUGCUGCAGUCACUGACAUGAAGGCACAAGCUCCUCCUGCUCCUCCUCCACUAGUGAUGGCAACUCCUGCAGCUGCUCCUCCUCCUCCCCAGCCUGCUGCUGCCCCCACCCCAGCAGCCCCCACAGCUGGGCCCCCCCGGAAAGGAAGGAUCCUGGUUAGCCCCUUGGCAAAGAAAUUGGCAGCAGAGAAAGGAAUUGACCUUGCCCAAGUGAAAGGUACUGGACCAGAUGGUAGAAUCACCAAGAAGGAUGUGGAGUCAUUUGUGCCACCAAAGGUUGCUCCAGCUGCAGCCCCAGAGGCAGUUCCUGCAGCUGCUGCAGUGGCAGCAGCACCUGAGGGAACCUUCACAGACAUCCCCAUCAGCAACAUUCGGAGGGUCAUUGCUCAGAGGCUGAUGCAGUCCAAACAAACAAUACCUCACUACUACCUUUCCAUUGAUAUAAACAUGGAACAAGUCCUGGUGCUAAGGAAAGAACUCAAUCAGGAGGUCUCGGAUAACAUUAAGCUUUCUGUCAAUGAUUUCCUGAUUAAAGCUUCUGCUUUGGCAUGCCUGAAGGUGCCCGAGGCAAAUUCUUCCUGGAUGGACACAGUUAUUAGGCAAAACCACGUGGUGGAUGUGAGUGUGGCUGUCAGCACUCCUGCAGGGCUCAUCACCCCCAUCGUGUUCAACGCUCACAUCAAGGGCUUGGCUGCCAUCAGCAAGGACGUGGUGUCCCUGGCGACCAAGGCCCGGGAAGGGAAACUUCAGCCUCAUGAAUUCCAGGGUGGUACUUUCACAAUCUCCAAUUUAGGAAUGUAUGGGAUUAAGAAUUUCUCUGCCAUAAUCAACCCCCCCCAGGCCUGCAUCCUGGCAGUGGGCUCCUCUGAGAAACGGCUGGUGCCAGCUGACAAUGAGAAAGGCUUUGACGUGGCCAGUGUGAUGUCUGUCACCCUGAGCUGUGACCACCGCGUUGUGGACGGGGCAGUGGGAGCACAUUGGCUGGCUGAGUUCAAGAACCUCCUGGAGAAGCCAGUAACCAUGCUGCUAUAAUUUAACCCUGCAAGCAGAAUUGUCCUGGGUCACACUGUUGUGUUUUAAACAAGCUAUUUAGACUUUAGUGUUAAGACUUAAGAGAGUUUUCCUUUUUUUUUUUUUAUUUAAGAUAUGUAUUAUAUUCUCUGGUAAUGUUAUUACCAGUCUGUACAG